AUGGCGGACAGGGGUGGCGGCGAGGGCUCGUCGUCGUCGCCGGGGAAGAAGGCCAGGAAGCCGUACACCAUCACCAGGCCCAGGGAACGGUGGAGCCCCGAGGAGCACGAGCGCUUCCUCGACGCCCUACUAAGGUUCGGCCGCGACUGGAAGAAGAUCGAGGAGCACGUCCGCACCAAGACCGCAGUGCAGAUACGCAGCCAUGCCCAGAAGUACUUCCUCAAGGUCCAGAGGCUCGGCCUCGCCGCCAGCCUGCCGCCACAGCACCUGAGCCGCAGACCAAGCAUGCCGUUCGGAAGCGGCUCGGUUGCGACGACGGUGCUUCACGGCCAUCCGCAGCAGUAUCCAGGUCCAGCCGGUGCUGUUCAGACUCAGAGUCACACCACCGGCAGCGGGUGGAACAAUCCGGGACUCCUUCCACCAUCCAAUGACAUCCAGAUGUUGGACUGGGCAGGCACUUCGUCGGCCUGGGUAAACCAAGGAGGUGCAGCAAGCCAGACUAAUCCAGGUGGCAGCUCGUUCGUGGGCACGCCGAGCUUCAGCGACACGACCAUGGACUGGCUUGGCACCGGCGGGGGCACAAACGAAGCGCCAGCAGUCGCCGAUGCGCAGGACGAGACGAUCCCACUUCCGCUGUCUCCAGACGAUAUGCACUUCGCGCAGGUGUACCGGUUCAUCGGCGACAUAUUCGACCCGACCACGCCUUGCCAGAUCGAAGCCCAUCUGCAGAAGCUCAAGGACAUGGACGGUAUCACCGUGAAGACGAUCUUGCUGGUGCUGAGGAAUCUCGAGACCAACCUGACAGCCCCCCAGUUUGAGCCUAUCAGGAGGCUGCUAUCGAGGUAUGACCCGGGGCGAGGCCUGUCUGGCCAGUUAUAG